CUUUACAUUCACAUCAUCUCACGCAGCAUGAAGUGCAGAGAUUCACAUAACCCCUCAUGUGAGACUAGCUCAUAGAGGUCCAUAGUAUGCAAUGCGACGUUCAGAUUGCCUCUUGACUUGAUAAUAACCAGUGCUUUCACUGCCACCCCUUGCAUGAUAGUGAGUGUGUUUUAUUUAUGUUGCCUCAAGCAUCUGAAAAUGAUACUUGCAACAUAGAUGUAGGAGGUGUGUACUAAAAUUUGUGAAUGUGUAUGAGAAAGAGCAAAUUUGUAUUCCCAAUCCGUGUGUGUUUAAUCAGAAAAUGCACAAAAUAAAUCUGUCAGUGAGUAAAUAGAUGUUAAUGGCAGAAAAGUCUAAAAGUAUUUUCAUUCAAGAGCUAGAAAUGAGACAAGUCAUCAGUUACAACUCAGAUGCGCCUCUCAGUUUGCUGUCUUUUUGCUUGUGACUUUUGCUGCACCUGUGUCCUGACAGAGCUCUGCAAAUGUGUGUGGAGCUCUUGUCUGUGUGCCUCAGCAGCUAUACAGCCUAGAUACCACCGUUAUGAAGAACUAGAGCAAAUGCAAAACUACAGUGGAAGUGUGAAAUAUGAGGGGUACAAGCAUCAGCCCAGUGCAAAGCCAGAGGGCUGCAAUCCAGCAGACAGACGUAAAGCCCUGUAUCAGAAGUUCUACAGACAGGUGCAGGAGGAGAGGAAGCCAGCUGACUGCGUGGUUCUCUCCAUCGCCAACCAGUGCCUGGAAUACCCCAAAUCGCUAAGCCAGUGCUUGCAGGAGCGCGGCCUGUCAGUGGAAAUGCUCUACCUUCAGGCGGAAUCGGGCCUGACCCGGGCCCUGCAGGAUGUCCGAGCAGACGGCUCCUCGUUAUGUAUACUGGUGGAGCAGACAAACGUAGCUCUGUCCUCCUGCACUGUUAUCAUAUUCUCAGAGUCCCUCAAAAUCCAUCGCAACAUGCCCAAAGACCAGGCCAUGGACUUUGUUGCAGCUGAGUACAGUCACGGCCUCACCAAAGAGCGCCCGCCAAGAGAUCCCGCAGACAUCGCAGCACAGGCAUCACAGCUGCUCGAUGACUUUCUGGAUCGAGAAAAGAUUGAGCGCCACAGUGUUCCCUCUGAAACCCGCCCACUCCUCAUGCUGUUAGCUGAGGGAGUGCAUCUUUACCCCGAGGAGCUGGAAACCAUCUCGGAGUAUGUCCGUUCCCGGCUGGAGCACAUACAAGCCUCCACUGCUGAGGGGGAGAGGGGUAACAUGUUACCUCCAGGACUGGGGAAACCACCACCUCUGCUCCCUACUCCACCUGGACCCCCUCAAACCCAGUCUGCAGCCGGGGCAGGGGGGGCCGUGAUGGACCACUCCACACCUCCGCGUGCUCCCCUCUUGCCUUCACCAGGCUCUUAUCCCAAAACCAAACCUCCUCCACUACUGUCCUUGCAUCGACCUCCUGGUCCAUCGUUAGGAGCACAAACUUCACGAGGCCCUCCGUCUUCACACAUCCCCUUCGGUGCCCCCACCGUGCCUCGUGGGCCUCUUCUCCACCACGCUCCUCCGUACCACCCAGGUUCCAGGGGCCCUCAUGGGAAUAGGGGAGCCCCACCAUCUCUAAAGAGUUCCCGUCCUCCACUUCUCUCUGCUCCAGGUGCCCCCCUUCCACGACUGAGCGGCCCCCGACACUAAAAAAAAAAACAACAAAAAAAAAAAAAAAAUCACACAAACACACAUGCAUACAGGAGACAAGUGGCAGCAGUGUACUGAAGUUUUCACUCGACCCAAGAGCGGAAGACUCCUGGCCCCUGUGAAGGAGGACUCUUCUGAGCAGUCUAAACAAAGAAGUAGUAAACCACAUUCAGUUAGAUGGAAAUGCUGGUAGUUAAUGUUAAUGAAGUUAUCAUCUUAUUGUGGAGGAGGAUGGCAUGGUGUAUUCUAAUGACUGAUAGAUUUUUAAGUUUUGUUUCCACAGUUGCUCUGUCAUCAUUGUUUUUUUGUUUUCUUUUUUAUAAUGUACUGCAUUUCUCACCCGGUCAUCCCAUACAAAAUAACAAAAACAAAAAUCAUAUUCUGUAAUUUAAGUUUGCCUUUUAUAGACUUCAUAAUGUUGGCCGAAGGCACAAUAAAUGAACCAAUGGACAGCUGGCAAAAAGACGAGGAAUAUGCAGUCUUGUGAUGGUAAUAAGAGUUUUUAUUUUUCUCUUUGUAAUGACUACAAAGAGUGAGUGGACUACCUACCUGAUUUUCGUGAUGGUGCUCAAGAUUUCAGGAGUCAGAGAUUUGCUUCAGGAGAAAAUGUCAGCCAUUUUAAAGCUAGUAUAUACAAACUGUAUUCUUGGCUCAGAUUUUAUUUUAUUUAUAUCUAAUUUUAUUUUUGACACAAGUAGGAGUGAUGAGUCUUAAAGAAUUUGUAUUAUGGCUCUUGUUUCUACAGUUGCAUGUACAUAUUUUUGGCAACUUUUUCAACAAAAUCUUCAGCAUUGACGGCAAUCAUUUUCACCUUCGGGUCUUGUGUGUUGUCUUCGUGAACACACUUUGCUCAUGUGAGAUCUCUGAUACUUAUAACAAGACAGCUAACAUAUGCCCUGACAGGAAAAGUAUGAUUCUCCCAAAAGCAUCAGGAUUUUUUUGUUCAGGCUUUGUUCUGUCAUUCAGAAUAAAAAAUGUAUCCCUGCAUUUCUGCAAUAAAGCGAAAGAGGCAGCUUGUAAUGUUUGCAAAGGUA